CAAAUUGGAUAAUAAUGUUGUUAAUGAAAAAGUGGAGGUUAAUUUGGGCAAAAAGGAAGAAUAUAGAAUUCUACAACUGCCGUUCCGAGAAUUUGUCUUCCAUUCACACUCUCAAUUCCGAUCGCCCAACGCCGGAUUUUGCCAUUCAAUUUAAGAAAUGGAGCUGAGUACUGUAGGAGAAGCAUUUGAUCGUAUUGCUAAAAAGCAAAAACUGUCGACCUUCAAAUCCCAAGAAGUGAUUGAUCAAGUUAACCAUGAAAUUGAACAAGCUUUAACAAAAAUCCGGUCAGUUGAUGACUCCAGCUUACCUGUUGAUCUGAAAUCUACCUUGACAGAACUAAAACUCAAGUUCAAUGCAAUUGGCCCCCUGUGCCAGUUAGAAGGGCCACAGAAGGAAUUAAACGUAACCCUUAACAAGUACUUGAAAGUCCUGGAAAAGUUAUUUAAUCCUGACAUAUCCAAGGCAUAUAUAAAUGUUGAUUUUGACCACCACAUAGUGAAUCAGAUAAUUGCCAGUCAUUUUUACAGGAAGGGUUUGUUUGAUCUUGGAGAUUGCCUUAUAAAUGAAGCUGGAGAGCCAGAGGCAUCUGCACUGAAAUCUCAUUUCUUGGAGAUGUAUAAGAUACUUGAGGCUUUGAGGGUCAAGAACAUUGAACCUGCUCUGAACUGGGUCACUGCCAACCGCGAAAAGCUCAAACAAAAUGCUUCAGAUCUGGAGCUGAAACUUCACCGCCUACAAUUUGUUGAGAUUUUGCAAAAAAGAGGACGAGAUGAUGCACUUAAAUAUGUGAAAACUCACAUUGCCCCACUUGCUUUGUUUCACUUUUACGAAGUCCAGAAGCUUAUGGGCUCUCUCUUGUGGGUUAAAAGACUUGAAAAAUCCCCUUAUGCUGAGUUGCUGAAUCCUACUCAUUGGGACAAAGUCACCGAGGAGCUAACCUGUCAGUUCUGCAGUCUUUUGGGACAGCCCUACAAGAGUCCAUUAACUGUUGCCAUAGCAGCUGGUCUUGAAGGGUUGCCAACACUUUUGAAGCUGGCAAAUGUAAUGGCAGUAAAGAAGCAGGAAUGGCAGGCAAUGAAACAGUUGCCAGUGCCAGUGGAAUUGGGGAAGGAAUUUCAGUUCCACUCAAUAUUUGUUUGUCCUGUAAGUAGAGAACAAGGCAGUGAAGAGAAUCCACCGAUGCUGUUGCCAUGUCAGCAUGUGCUCUGCAAGCAAUCAAUCAUGAAGAUGUCAAAAUCUAGCGCGCGCAUACUCAAGUGCCCUUAUUGCCCAACCGAGGCUUCAGUUGCACAGUGCAGGCAGCUAUAUUUUUGACCCUCGUGACAUUUCCUUCACUUCAUGAACUGAAUUUUUCUGGUCAUAAGACAAGAAAUAUAUUUUGCAUUUAUGUUACCUGUAUAUAGAAAUUCUUUAUACAUUGAUGUUUGAUUUAGGGCUGAAUCACUUGCUGGAAAUCUAGUCAACUUGUUUA